AUGGGAGAAGUAGGAAUCAAUAUUCCUUUAGGAUAGCCAUUAAAUAAAGACAAAAAAAUGAUAGAAAUGCAAAAAGAAUUAAAAGAUCACAUUAAUUAUGUGAAUGAUUGCUUUGAUAAAGAAUUGUUAACUAUAGGAAGUUCAAAGAAUUAAAAUGGAAGAAGAAUUAAAUUAUCAUAAUAUAAAGUAGAUCCAUCCAUUUUUGGUUUUUCUUUAAAUACUUUUGAAUUACGCAACCAUGUAAAUUUCUUAUGUUAGUAAUUUUACUAAAUUUGUAUAUCAGAGCCUAUAUAUUAAAAUAAUAGUAAAUAUAAAAUGUAUAAAAGAAAAUUUCUCAUAAAAAGAGAUUGAUUAAUCAUUUAUAAUGAAAAUUAUCAAGCCAUUGACAUUAUAAUUUGGUUAGAGGGAGAUUCUAAUAUAAAUUUUGAUAGUAAUUGCUUGUAUUGGCUUGAUUGCUUGGGAUGCAGUGUAAUUACAAUUAAACAUAUAUCCAGAGAUCUGUGGAUCGAGUAUUCAUUACUUAUUAUAUCUGAGGAUUGGCUUUUUGAUUUUUCUCUUUACUUCCUAAUUGAUGUAUCUUAAUUAUUAAUCUAGAUAUGUAAAUAAAGCUUUUAAAGUGCAAUUUUAUUUAUCUUAUUUCUUAAGUUUAAUAAUAACAAUUUUAACCAUUCUGUGUUUGUAUGGAUAUAAAUUAUUAAAUGAGAAAUAUGAUAAAAUAAUAAUGGAAAUGUCAUAAUGUGGACUUAUAUUAAUAGGAUGCUUUCUCAUUUGCAUUCAUUUAUAUAAAUUAGAAAUUAAUUUAUAGAGAAUUAGAGUAUUACUGGGAGCAUAAUAUUAAUCACCUCUAUGUUUUUUUUGA